AUGAAAUUGAAUGUUUUUUGUAUAUUUAUAAUUCUUCCUGCUCUAAGUGCAUUAGCUCUCUAUUCUUAUGGUAUAUUGAGCACACGAUGGAGUCGUGUAAAUUAUGAUCUGAUGCGUCAACAUAAUCAAACAAUAUACAAUGAUGAUAGUUUAGAAUAUCAGGUUGUACCACAUUCAUUUCGUACAUAUUACGGUCUUCUGGGAUAUUGUCUCGAUUAUAAAUGGUUAAAUUUAUUAACAUUAAAACAACAACCAGAGAAACAAGAUUUAGUGAAUAUGAAUACACAACGAAAAUCAACAACAUGGUGUAAUGAAUCGUGUGAUGCAGCAUAUAAAUGUCAGACAACAGGAUGUUGUUUCAUUCCAUGCAAUAAUAUUCCUGAAUGUCCAGAUUUUUUUGAUGAAAAAAAUUGUGUUCGUCAUCAUAAUGCGUCGAAAUAUUACUGGCCGGAAAAAAAUUGUAUAUGGCAUCAACAAAGUGUAUUUCGUUCAUUAUCGUCAUCGAUCGACGCUCAAUCAUUAAAAAAUAAUCCAAAUCAUCGUUCAAUUAUUGUUCAUCUUCGUCAUAGCCGUAUUCGUUAUAUUGUUAUGGUUAUUUUAUUUUGUUCUGCUGCACUUCUCAUUUGCUUAUCGUUAUUAACACUUGCACUUAUUAAAUGUGUCGAUCGUUUCAUUAGUGUACCAUUUGCAUUAGUCAGUUUUUUCGCAUUUUUUUCAUUUUUGGCUGGAUGUGGAGGAUUAGGUUUGUUUAUGUAUCAUUGGAUUCAUGAACGUAUGCAUCGUCCUGAUUUUACUUAUACAGAUGAACGCGAUGCCAUGAAAUAUGCUCUCAAUUCAUGGCUAGUAAAUAUUGAAUAUUUAGAUCUGAGUUUUUGGCUUAUGAUUGGCGCUGUUGGACUCUCAUUAUUAACAACAUUAUUAAGUUGUUUUCUUUGUUGUGGUUUACAAACAGAAAAAUCAAAAUUAAGAAUUAAUGUAGAUAAAGAUAGUUAUGAAAUUGUACAAUUAACUCCAUAUGAUGAACGUUGA